AUGGGGUUGAAAUUUAUAUUUUAUGCGAAAACAGGACGAGUAGAAGACAAUAAAAUAUUUUCCGAGAGAUCCUCUUCAGAUAUUUUGCCUCACGAAAAUAAUGAAACAUACGUACACGGAAUUGUUUCUACGAAAAGCACACAUCCUUUCGAAUCUGUGACGACCCUCGCCGAAAAAUGUUUUGCAUCAUCUAUUGUAGAGUGUGGCUUGGACUUUUGCGAAAACCAUUUUUCAUGUUAG